UUAAAAUGAAAUAAAUUGGAAGAAACUAAAGGAAGCAAUGGAAAAGAAUGGUGGUGGUUCCAUCUUAUGCUGGCUAGUUGUGAUUUAUGGGUUGAUGGGUAUGACUAUGACCCAAGCAAAGCCAGCUCACUACACUAUGCCAUUCAACAGAAGUAGUUAUCCUUCUGAUUUCAUUUUUGGAGCUGGAUCAGCUGCUUACCAGUCCGAAGGCGGUGCCUACAUCGACGGCAAGGGACCAAGCAUUUGGGAUACCUUCACAAAGCACCAACCAGGGAAAAUCUGGGACCACAGUAAUGGAGAUGUAGCCGAUGAUUUUUAUCAUCGAUAUAAGGAAGACGUUCAUUUAAUGAAAAAAAUUGGAUUUGACUCAUUUAGAUUCUCCAUCUCUUGGUCUAGAGUAUUACCCAAGGGAAGAGUUAGUGGAGGAGUAAAUCCAAAAGGUGUCAAAUUCUACAAUGAUCUCAUUGAUUACCUUAUUGCCAAUGGUCUAAAACCAUUUGUAACAUUGUUUCACUGGGAUCUUCCGCAAGCGCUUGAAGACGAAUACAACGGCUUCCGAAGUUCCAAAAUAGUGGAUGAUUAUCGAAACUAUGCGGAUUUUUGCUUCAAAACAUUUGGGGAUCGAGUGAAGCAUUGGUGCACAUUAAACGAACCUUAUUCGUAUAGUGUAAAUGGGUACAACGGAGGUACAUUUGCGCCUGGCCGAUGCUCUAAGUAUAUGGGAAAAUGCAUCGCCGGGGACUCUUCUACCGAGCCCUACACCGUUGCCCAUUACUUGCUUCUUUCUCAUGCCAGUGCUGUUCAAUUAUACAAGCACAAAUACCAGGCCACUCAGAAAGGACAAAUUGGAAUUACAAUAGUGACCCACUGGUUUAUACCAAAGUCACCAGCAUCAGUGCCUGACCAGAAAGCAGCCAUGAGAGCAGUUGAUUUUCUAUUUGGUUGGUUUGCCCAUCCAAUUACAUACGGUGAUUAUCCUGAAUCAAUGAAAACUUAUGUGGGGAAUCGGUUGCCCAAAUUUACAAAAGAAGAGUCAGAAGUGCUAAAAGGGUCCCUGGAUUUUAUGGGAAUUAAUUAUUACACCACAAACUUUGCAGCCAACAAUCCGAUUCGCAGUACUAACCAUAGUUGGAGCACUGAUUUUCAAGCCACUCUCUCUGCCACAAAGGCUGGAGUUCCCAUUGGUCCACCGACACCAUUGAAUUGGCUAUACGUUUAUCCAAAAGGAAUUUACCAUCUGAUGUCGUAUGUGAGGGACAAAUACAAGAAUCCACCCAUUUUCAUUACAGAAAACGGACUUGCUGAUGGAAACAAUUUCUCAUCUAUUGAAGAAGCUCGUAAAGAUGGCCUCAGGAUAAGAUACUACCAUUCCCAUUUGACAUAUCUCCUACAAGCCAUCAAGGAGGGAACCAAUGUGAAGGGAUACUAUGCAUGGUCAUUUAUGGACGAUUUUGAAUGGGAUGCCGGAUAUACGGUUCGAUUUGGGAUGAUUUAUAUUGAUUUCAAACACAAGCUGAAGAGAUACAUGAAAUAUUCUGCUUAUUGGUUCCAGAUGUUUCUUCUGCACUAGUCUUUAAUUUCUGCCACAGGCCACUCACUUCUUCUUAUUUAUGUACUCUCUCUCUUCUUCAAUAAUGGCCUGCUUGCUGUGAUUAUGCUAUCUUCACUUUGUUAUUUGCUGUUUAAAUAAUUUUACUAUUUUUCUCUA